AUGAUUCACUGCUCAGCUGGAGACAAUGGUGUUGGUGAGAAUCCCAUUCCACAAGUGCCUGCUUAUUUCCUUCAUUUGGACAUUCUUAAAACAGGUUUAGGGUCCCCUUGCAGUGGUGGAUUGAAAGCAAAAUCUUUCAGAGUUACAUCUUUCAAAGGUGGCAUCCAAAAUAGUGAAUCAGGAGGAAGUGAGGGUGGGAAGAAAGUUACUAAUAACUCGGUCAAACUUUCUUACCGUUCAGAUGAUGACGAAAAUAACGUGAACGGCUCUCCAAAGGCACAAAACACAUCGAUUUCAUAUACAUCAGAAACAGAUGAUUCAAUCACAGGGCAACCCGCUAUUCAGAAGCUAUUCAAGAAAUGGUUAACACUGUUGCGCACACAAUCACCUAUUCAAGUGAUUGACGAGGCUUUGGGAGGAGAACAGGUUCCACAAACGACGAAGCCAGAAACUGAAACAGAGAUCCGGAAAACAGAAAGCCUACAGAGUACAAAAAAUACAGUUUGGUCCUGGUUUUGGAGUCUAGACGCAGCUAUCAAGAUUCCGUUGCUGUUAUUUGUUCCAGCUUUUCUAGCUGUUAACGUGAUCUAUGGAGCUGAAGUUACAAAGGAGUUAUCCCCUUUGUGGAUGGCUGGUCCCUUAAUUGUUGCCCUUUAUAUCAAAUUGUUCCAAGGACUAUGCGCCCUUUACGCCUUCUGCUUCAACCAAACCUUCAAAAUGAUAAGAAAUCUACCAUCUUAUUACCUUGUAGCAUACCAUUACAUUUCCCAUGGCAAGCUCAGAGAUGACGUGAGAGCUCUAGUGACUCGACCAGUGGUGGCCAUCAAGAACACUGACUACAAAGAGCUCACGCGCACCAAACUGAAACAGCUCCAAGGAUGGAUCAUUGAGAGAUACCUGGAUUUUGUCGAAUCUAUAUGGCCUUAUUACUGCAGAACUAUCAGAUUCCUGAAGAGGGCUAAUCUGAUUUGA